GGGAGCGGGGGAGAUCUGUUGUUCCAGCUCUGUAGGGACAGUCCUGUCAGCCUUCCGGGUCCUCCUGCGAGACCGUGGAGAAGCAGUUCAUUUUCCUGUGUGCACUCUCGGCUGUCAGAGACUCACGCUGUGGACUUGGUUACAUGACGCCUGGAAGUUCUGUUUCCAAAGCCCUGUUCUUCCCAAGGAGAAGUCGAGGAGGAGGAAAACCAAGGAGCAGUAAUCCGAUCUCACUGAGGAUGAAAGAACAGAUCAGUUCUCAGAUGACUUACCAAGGUCUGAUUUUGAGUGUGGUCUUUAUCAUGCUCUGCAGGACAGAAGCGGACACAGUAACACAGAAAAACGUGGUGAAGGUGGGUGGCAAUGUGACCUUGAGCUGCCUCCUGAUGGGAUCACAUGAUAUUCUGCAAGUUACAUGGCAGAAGAAAAAUACUGGAGUGAAUGAAAAUUUGGCCACAUACAGUGUAUCUAAAGGAGUAAAUAUUGUUGAAACAUAUCGAGGUCGAUUAAAUUUCACACGCCUGUCACUAAAUGAUACGGCCAUUACCCUCUGGAGAGUUAGAAUCCAGGAUGACGGAUGUUACACAUGCCUCUUUAACACCUUUCCCGCUGGAGCCAUCGUACAAGACACCUGCUUGACUGUCUAUGCGGACACAGUGACACAGAAAAACGUGGUGAAGGUGGGUGGCAAUGUGACCUUGAGCUGCCUCCUGAUGGGAUCACAUGAUAUUCUGCAAGUUACAUGGCAGAAGAAAAAUACUGGAGUGAAUGAAAAUUUGGCCACAUACAGUGUAUCUAAAGGAGUAAAUAUUGUUGAAACAUAUCGAGGUCGAUUAAAUUUCACACGUCUGUCACUAAAUGAUACGGCCAUUACCCUCUGGAGAGUUAGAAUCCAAGAUGACGGAUGUUACACAUGCCUCUUUAAUACCUUUCCCGCCGGAGCCAUUGUACAAGACACCUUCUUGACUGUCUAUGAGCAGCUGAGAGGAUCUCUCCAUUAUGUCGUCUCUGAAGGUAACUUGACAGCCACUUGUUCUGCUAAUGCCUGGCCUCGUCCUGUGAUCUCCUGGAUUGUGCCAAAAGCUGAGAGUGAAAAGACAGAAGAGGUGGUCACGCACCCCAAUGGAACAGUGUCCGUCAUCAGCAAACUCUAUGUCAACAGUUCUACAAGCCUGGCAGGCCAAUUGCUGAUCUGCAGAGUACGGCACAUGGAGGAAGACAGAGAUUACAGUGUGAAAGUGAAAGAGGGCAGGUGGUUUUCAGUUCCUUGGUUGCUGACCUCAGUGGCCCUACUCGUAGUGUUCGUUGUGUUGGUUCUGACUGUGGUGUGCUGGAGAAGACGCAGGAAAAAGCAAAGCGAAUCUAAAGCAUCUUAACCCAUCUACUGGAUCAUUCCUUGGCAAACCUGAUUCAGCAUUAGGAGCAGUGACCUGGCGUGGCCUGAAAGUAACAUCAAUAAAAGGGAAGUGUGAUCCAACCUAGACUCUGUAGCUGGAAGAUAGGAAGUAAAACACUGACACCAGAUUCAGACAUAUAAGGAUACAGACCUAAUGUCAUCUGUCUCAGUCCCACUGGACAGCAACUAUCCACCUGCUUCUUUCCUCCUAUCUAGCUGAUCAGGUUCUUCUUCAGCAGUGAAUGACUGAUGGAUCUGGAUCAUCUGUCCAGGGAAUUCAUUCACAAGACUUGUUGCCUCCCUUCCUUACAUUCCUUCUCUUGCUGUUGAUCUUUAACAUGGCUACAGCCACACUGCAUUUACCUGGCACUACUGGUGAAAGAGCUAUAGGAUUUCAAGACAGGCCGUUAACCAGACAGAGCAGUAGUGGCAAAGCUAAUGAAUAAAAGCUAAUAGCUUAAGGAUUAAAAAAGCCAGAAUAAGUUAUUUUUAAAGGUUGAAAAUGAGGAGAGGAAAGAAGGAGUUAAAAUAAAAUCCAAAAAUAGGAAUACUGACAUUCCUCAUUGCUCCUUUUCCAUUCCAUUUUCACCCAUCAUACCGCUUGUGUUUUCUGAAGUAACAAUUCCAGCUAGUGCCCCAGCUUACUCCCUGCUCGAUUGCCAGAAUGUUUGGACUAGUCCUCACAAUGCCCUCCCUGGACUUUUACGUGACAUUGGACUAGCUCUCUCUACUCUGCAUUUGAUAACUUAUUUAUACAGAAUAACCAAAUGCUUUUGCACAGGGCAGCAAUUAUCCUCCACCUAGAGAUAACAUCCUACUUCUCAAUGUUACAUCAGAUGGCACACUCUGACCUGCCUAAUGGGUGUGCUUGUGUGACUUCAACAGCAUUUAUGUAAAAGUUUGCAUAAAAUAGAUUUACCAUGUGUGAUAAAUGCAGGGGAGAGCCACUCCACCCAUCCAGCCAGUAGCUAUAAAAUCCCUCUUAGUAGCUGUUCUCUAAUUGCUUUACCUGUAAAGGGUUAAAAAGUCUCACUGCAUGCAUAGGUAAAAAGAAGUGAGUGAGCACCUGGCCAAAAGAGCCAAUGAGAAGGCUAGAACUUUUUAAAAUUGAAAAA